AUGGCUACCCAAGCCCAAUCCUCUAGUAGCUGUUCUGCUGUUCUCACAGUCACUGUUGAAGGCACUCAGCUUGACAUCAGAGCAGCCUCGAGAGAACAGCCCGAUGCUCUCCGCACGGCACUGAUCAAGGCCCUGGGUUUGGUAAAGCUCUCUCCUUCAGACUUUACUCUCCUUCAGCUUCAGGAGAAAUUCCGCGUCUCUCUCGAAGGCGCGCGAUCGAGAACACCGGAUCGCCUGUCCGCAGUCGUCUAUUCAUGCAAACGAGGCACCAUUCAAGAGACACUAUGGGAGGCCCAGGUCUGGCGCUACGGCGGGACGCAGCUUGUCGAUGCUGUUCACAGUGCCAUCGGUAGUGUCUCUCUAGAUGGUAAGCAAUCCUCCGACACCAUGGCGCUUCAUCUAUUAGAAGUCGGGGGACAACCUGCUGUCACUGCUUUCCACCUCAUGAACUGCCCUGCGAACCUGGAAGAGUUUGGGAAGGUGAAGGACAAGUUCUUUGCCUACGGCGGCACAUUCGCGCUGGCAGCAUGUGCCGUUGCGAUAUCUGACAAUGUCCAAGUCAUGGCCUUACUUGAGGGGUUGCCGCCAAACCACAAGAGGGAAUUGGUCGCGCAUCUGUUCUGCGUGAGGCCACACAGUGAUUUCUUCUGCAUCGUCCAGGUCGUCUUCACAUCAAAGGAACGCCCACAAACGAAGAGAUGCCGUAUCGGACCUGCCCCCCGCAAACCCAGGAAUCGAGACGGAGAACGAGCCGCCACCACGAUAGAGGAGGACGAGCAGCCGUGCAAGAGACGAGCAAGGAGGCCCUUGACGCAGCACGCCACUGACAUGGCUUGCCAGCAUGUGCUACCCCAAACUUCACCGACGGCCAGGCGUGAGAAUCCCAACGAACCGGCAACCGUUGGUGACUCUUCGCCAUCAUACUCGCAUGGAGCCGGAGGAACGGGCAGUUGCCAGACCUUUAGCAAGAGGAUAGAUCCUGCAGGUUCUUGUUCCGGUGAUGAAAAACACCACUUCUUCAGCGCCGACCUCAAUGCGGGCAGGCCCAUCGAUCUCCUGUUUGUCUCCCGGUCUGGUCAAGAUACCGUUGAAGUAGAAGGCGGAUGGUCCUCGUUGAGAGAUGAGUAUGAUGUUGCCGGGGAACGUUUCGCGUGGCGUGGGCUCGAGGGUACCGACGAAUGGGCCGCGACACCGAAAGACAAAGGCUAUCUUUCCAGUCGUCUACCAGAGCGACUCAUCAGCAAUAUGAACGAUCGCGCACUCGAUACUCAAGUUCAGAGCUCACCUCGAUUCUGCUGGCCUUUAUCAAGCCAAUGAUCCUCUCCCUUCGACCUGGGUGUUUGCACUGCUCUACGGUGCUGCCUUGAUACGACGCCCAAUCGUUGUCGCCCAGCCCAACAAGCCAGCCUGCGAGGUUGCCUGCUUGCUCCAGAGGGUCGUCGCUAUAGGUACCGGCACUCAUGGGGUCUAGAACGUCAGCUUGCUCGUGGAUUAGCGCUCUCUAUUUGGCAUGUGCUACCUACACUUGAAUGAUGACCGGAGGUCGAAAUUCUAUGCCUUUUUACCACGCUGAACCCCCCGCACAUUUCACCGACAUCCAACCUUCAAUCACUUAUGGUGGGCACUAAAGCCGUAGAUUACCCGGUGGCUUUUUAUGAGGGUGGGGGGACGGACUGGGAGGGACUGUAUAACCGUGGCAUUGCCAGAUUGGGGGUUUGAGGGGCUUCAACGGUGAAGUGGGGAACGA